CGCUGAAGCGGCGCCCUGGUUCCCGGCCACGCGAGUCCCGGAGUCAGUCCCUGCGAACAACCAACGCUGAACCUGUGGUCUGCGAAUCACACCCCAUCGCCUCUGCGUUUCAGAGAGAGAGAGAGGGAAAGCAGGCAUUAUCUCUCUUGAACGAUGCCAGCUAUCAAGGCUUUGAGCCGAGCUGUCCGGGAGGUGCUGCAGAACCCUGGCUGCGGCUGCCGGGUUGCUGUCGUGCCAGUUCGGUGCCUCGGUUUCUCACCCCGGCAGGUAACUUCGGACGCCAGCUUCCAUUCGGUAUCUUUCUCGGAAACGGAUCACCCACGGGUGUUAAUUACAGGGGGACUAGGCCAGCUUGGAGUAGGACUUGCAAAACUCCUGAGAAAACGCUUUGGGAAGAACAAUGUCAUCCUUUCUGAUAUUAGAAAGCCCCCCGAUAACGUCUUUCACAGUGGUCCCUUCAUCUAUUCGGACAUCUUGGACUACAAGAACCUCCGUGAGAUAGUGGUGAACAACCGGAUUACGUGGCUGUUCCACUACAGCGCGUUGCUGAGCGCGGUGGGAGAAGCAAACGUCCCUCUGGCCAGAUCUGUGAACAUCACCGGGCUGCACAACAUUCUUGAUAUCGCCGCUGAGCACAGCCUGCGACUCUUUGUUCCCAGCACCAUUGGGGCGUUCGGGCCCAGCUCCCCGAGGAACCCAACGCCUGACCUCUGCAUCCAAAGGCCAAGGACGAUCUACGGGGUCUCCAAAGUCCAUGCCGAGCUCAUGGGCGAGUAUUACCAUUACAGGUAUGGGCUGGACUUCCGGUGCCUGAGGUACCCUGGCAUCAUCUCGGCCGAUUCCCAGCCUGGUGGGGGGACGACUGACUAUGCCGUUCAGAUCUUCCAUGAUGCCAUAAAGACUGGGAAGUUCCAGUGCAACCUCAAGCCGGACACCCGCCUCCCCAUGAUGUACAUCGACGACUGCCUGAGAGCAACGUUGGAGGUCAUGGAGGCGCCAGCAGAGCGGCUGAGCAUGAGAACUUACAACAUCAGCGCCAUGAGCUUUACUCCCGAUGAGCUGGUUCGGGAGGUCCAGAAGCAUGUUCCCGAGCUCGAAGUGGUCUACAGUGUGGAUACUGUCAGACAAGCCAUUGCCGACAGCUGGCCCAUGAUUUUCGACGACAGCAACGCACGCCAAGACUGGGGAUGGAAGCACGAUUAUGACCUCCCGGAACUGGUGAACACGAUGUUCAACUUCCUGGGCUCUGUCCGCUCCAGGGUUGCCCAGGUCAACUGACUUUCCUCAUCGGUUCCGUCUGGAGCUGACGGGACCUGUCCAAAGCUUCUGAAAGUUCUGCGUCAUCUUCAGAGUCCUGCAGCAUUGCAGCAUUGGUGAUGCUGUCCGCGGUCUUCUGGGGCAUCUUCUUCAUGUCUUGCUUCACCUGUAUUUCUGUUUGACCAACCAGCCGAAUGCUAUCACACGUGUACCCAGAAUAAGUUUAAAGGCACUUCUGGAAGCUCUCUGGCUACAAGAAACCACUCUCCUUGCACAUGUUACAGCUUGUUUUACCCGAACGCCAGUCCCGUUAUGUGGGUUACAGCCUCUUAUGACUUGUAUGUUGCAAAGUUUUAGCCAGUGACAGGGGGAGAAAGAGAGGUGGGCCCCAUUCCUGAAUUUUCUGGGCUAACUAGAAUAGAAGCUCUGGGGAAGGGGCAUUAAGGCAACCGCCUGCAGUGGGAAGAAUUGUUGCUUAACCCUUCUUCCAUCUACCGUUUCUCCCUUACAUUUGUCCUUGGGCAUUUGAGGGACACACGAGGGUUGGAUGCUCUGCAUUUCUGUUGAGACAUCUCGUUCCAUCCUUAACGAGCGCUGAAAAUUAUUUAAAAAGUCGGCUCUUGCCUAUGGCUAGAAAAUGGAUAGAACUUCCAGUUUGAUGCACAAUCCCCCACCGCCAUCAGUUACUUGCAGUCUCUGAAUCCCCCAGGGCCCUCCAAAUUUGGCUGAUAAUAUAAAACUCUUUCAGCAAGAAAAAGAAUCGGGACAUUUACAUCUAGCCUCAUUUGGAUUCACAUGAUGUCACUCAGUUCAGGGAGGCAGGAUCCCCGACGCUCCUGCAGUGCCCAACUUAACUUUGCUGGAUUCGGCCGCAGGAAUUUUCCUGUUUCCUAAGAUAACACUGUGCGUGUUGCCAUCGGGAAUGUGAUCUGCAGCACCAGAGAAGCAAGCAUUCUUGGCUGCUCAGAUCGUCUCGAUCCGAUUGCUCUGGCUUGGGGCUGAACCUCCCUUGGCAACUCUCCAGGCGUCUUUUCGUGCCAUCCGUGGUGGUACCUUGGGGGGUGUGGGGGGGUGUGUAGGGUUCAGGGGCCUGAGCAAAUACUUGCGCUCCAUUUCUAUCCAUCCUCUCAUGAGGAAUGAAAUGGAGUUGCAGGUGGCACUGGUCCAUCCAGUCAUGAAAUCGUUGCACUGUUCCGCUUUCCUGUUCGAGAGAAACUAGGGAGGCUGUCCGGAAAGGUUCAAGCAGGUGCAACAGCCAGGAAGAGCCAUCGCUUCCAUGGGGCCUUUUGGCAGGCACCUGCCCAGCUGCCCCAGGGCGCAGGUGCUGGUCUACGUGGCCCCCUCGACCCAGCCCAGGAGGGCUUGCAGGUUGAGCAGCUCCAUCGGCCCUUGAUGGCACCUGAUGGUCUUUGCAGCCUCUGCCCUCCCCGCCUUUCACCUUUUCUGAGGGGACACGGUGUACAUCCUUAUUUAUCCAUUUUGUUUGAUAGACUGCACUUCCAUCUUGGAAACAUAAGUUGAAAUAGCGGAUGGGUGCUGGCCACCAUAACUCCUGUUCUGGGAGAGAGUUUGCACUUUGGCCACUGCUGUAGCCCCCAAGAAGUUCAAAUGAUAACUUGGCUCAGCAAGGCUACAAAGUUAGCUGAUGUCGGCUCUACUUAGAGUAGAGCCAUUGAGAUGAAUGUGGCUUAAAUUCGACUAAGAUUGAGGCAAGCCCUUUUUCCGUCAUGAACACUUUCAGGGCCUCUCCAGUGCCACUUGGGUCACUCCUGUUGCUUAAAAAUGAAAAUGUCUGUUGUUUUCUUUGUUAAUCUUAACUGUGCUGGUUGAGCAAUGCAAUUUCAAAAGGGCUUUUAUGAUGCAGGGAGAAAAUCUCUGUGGUAUCAGGCUUGCUGGAAAAAAAAAGGGUUUGGGCUGUAUGUUUAGUUACCCUUCAAGAGAGUAUUCUCUCAGGUUUUUGUUCCCUCUCUCCAGUCUAACCAAAUACUGUUUACUGACUUGGGAGUAAACCCAUUGGACUGUUACCUGCCCUCUGCUCUGAGUUCGGUGGGACUCGGUUCAUAAGAUUGAAACUCUGCAGCCUCAACUGGCUUGCCAAUGUCAUAUUGUUCAAACAGGAGUAGAUGUUUUCCUUUUGGAUGAAAGUAAGUUCCAACUUGGACUACUGUUAUCUGUUAGGUUACUUGAACAAAGAGAUUUAUAAGGGUUUUGUUUUCUUCUCCCCGUCCCCCAAACUGUAAGUCAUCAGUAAUGACUUUUUAAAUUAAAUCCUAAAUGCAAAA